GCCACCCAGCGGGCCAGACCGCAUGCAGCUCUGCUUUUCCUCCAUCUUGCCGAAGUUGCCACAAAAAUUUCAUAUUAAAAUCGCAUAGUGUUGACUAUUGUGGAAAAAAACCAGAGCGAAAGGCCGCCAAAAAGAAGUUGGCGAGAAAGCAGGCGGGGAUUGGCCACCGAAUCCGAUUCCUAUUCCAGAGCCGGAGCUGGCCCAUAGCUUCCAGGCGGAGCGAGCGAGAUAGCGCGUGGAACGAGGCGAAGGAGUGGUAAGCUGAGCAGAGGGGCGAGGUGGAAAGAGGAGCUGUCAGCCGGGAAAACCGAGAGGUGAAGAGGAAAGGAGGCGCCCUGUCAAGAGGUUCUUUUCGAUUCGCACAGUCCCCGUAGCAGGACGUUCUCAGUCCGCGAGUCCAAAGCAAGCGAGAUGAAUGCCAAGCGCGUCAAGUACGCCACGGUGAAGGAGGAGAUCGUGCCCGUGGUCAUCCAGCACGAUCCCGAGGUGGAGGAGGAGGAGCACGAGGAGCACGGCGUGGGCGAGGAGGAGGAGGGCCACGAGCUGCACCACGAGCACGAGGACGACGUCCAGGAGGCCCAGUACACCUACGCCUACGCCACCGCCGACGACGAUGACACCGAGCAUGCGGUGGUGACCCUCAGCGACCGCGAGCACGAGGCCCUGGCCAAUGCCCAGGAGGUCAUCAUCGAUGAGAACGGCCACGCCGUGACCCUGCAGCAGCUGGUCGAGAACAGCACCGUCGAGGAGGUGGAGACCAUCGAGCAGGGCGACGGCACCCACACCAUCCUGCACAUCGUGCCCAAUAUGCACGACGACGACGUCGAGGACGCCGAGGAGGACGAGGAGCUGGAGGAGGGCGAGGAGCUGGAACAUGACGACGAGAUCGUGACCGUGGAGCACGAGGAGGGCGAGGUGGACGAGGACGACGACGAGGUCGGCUCCAUCGUUUUCGAGGGCACCAUCGACCAGGCCGAGCAGGAUCCGCACUCCCGCAACAAGACCUUCUAUUGCCCCAACUGCGGCAACUGCUACAGCGCCGCCGGCUCCCUGAAGCUCCACAUGCGCGCCUGCCUGCGCCAGCGCAACGAGGUCUCCGCCGAGGACCGCAAGUGCAAGGUCUGCAGCAAGGUCUUCAACUCGGUGGCCUACCUCAAGGAGCACAUGAUGCGCCACACGGGCGAGCAGCCCUACCGCUGCACCCGCUGCUACCGCAAGUUCGUCGACGAGGGCAAGUACACCGCCCACAUGGAGUCGCACAAGCACCAGGACAAGCUGGAGGCCGAGGCGGUGGCCCUGGCCGCCCAGCAUGGAGGCAAGAAGGUGGUGGUGAAGGAGUUCGAGUGCGCCUUCUGCUCGCAGAACUUCACCGUGGUCUUCGAUGUGGGCCAGGUGAAGCGGCGGUACGCGUGCGACGCCUGCCGCGAGAAGUACUCCAACGCGGAGGCCCUGCGCCAGCACAAACAGCAGGUGGAGGAGAAGCGCGAGUUCAGCUGCGAGCGCUGCGGCCGCAAGUUCGUCUUCGAGGGCUUCCUGCAGCGCCACCUGCCCACCUGCGAUGGCAGCAUCAAGCGGCGCCGCGACAUGAAGUAGAGGCGGCCGCAACGUGAUGGCAACUGGCGGCGCCGGCAGCAGCUGGAGCCGGAGCGGGAGAGGAGGGAGCAGGAGUCGCCGCCGCCAGUGCGUUACGUUGUUAUCAAGCAGGAGGACGAUGGGGACGAGGAUGGGGAGCAGUAGGACGCCAGCUGCUGAGACGAUCGGCUGCAGGACGAUCCAGAUGGGCAGAUGGAGCGGACACACGCCACACACUUGAGCACACACACCCGCUUUGUUUUGGGGCCUGGACGACAGCUCUCCGCAAGCGAUUCCAGGGGAGAGCGUCUUCCUUACCUAUUUGUACGCAUACACACAUAUUUCGAUUUGAUUUGAUGCCACCUUUUCGGCUCUAAAAGAAGGAAGCUCCGGCGAACGUUGGACACACCCGAGGACGGCGACCACGGCCAAUGUAUAGAUAUAUAUUACUUUAGUUACGACUACUUAAUGAUAGGGCCCCCAAACACCCGCUAAAGUGUAAUAACACCCGAAACCUAGAUGCUGGCACGCAAACGCCCGUCAGAUCGAAUGUGAACUAAAUAAAAACACUAAACCCAGAACCUCUGUUGGUGUAUUCCCGUAGUCCCCCAGUUACUUGUAAUUUGUUAAUGUCUAUAGUCAUACAUAUAUUUUACCUACAUCCUAAGGUUCAACUUAUUGUGUAACGAUGGAUUACCCGCUUUACUUUCAAUUAAACAUUUUUUCCAACCAAA